CAAGUUUAUGCAAAGCAACAUAAUAUUUUGUGCGGUCAACCUUUAAUAAAGGUGGAUGACAUUGACUGUAGAUCAUCAUCAUUCACACUGGAUAUGGCUGCAAGGAUGACGAAUAGCUGUAGUUUUAGUCUACAAGGAUUGGCUCCUGGUAUCCAUGCUUCGAAGGUACCAGUCUGAUCUAUCUCAUGUACUCCCAGCAGACACGGUUACCCUUGAUGAAAAUCUUACCUAUGCGGAUGAGCCGAUAGAGACCUUAGCUCGCGAGACCCGACAGCUGAGGAGCAAAGUGAUCCCAUUGGUCAAAGUACUCUGGAAAAAGUCACCCCGUAGAAGAGGAGACUUGGGAAAUCGAGGAAUCUAUAUGUUCCCCAUAUCCACAUCUCUUAAGCGACCAAUGAUUAGGCUUGAUGAACCUGGAGCCUAUCUUGGAGGGGCAUGAAACUCUCCAACCGCAGGUUUCCCAUCCGCGAUCUUCGUCGACGACCCAGACGCAGCGCCGCAACUCUAACACAGGCGACUCCAUUCUCUCCGGCGUGAAUCUUCUUUCCUCCGGCGGAUUUCAGGUAGGGUUU